AUGGCUCGGACUGUACGCAACAAGCCAACUCUGGCGACAACUUAUCGAACGGCUACAGGGCCUCGAAAUGUUCCACUAACUGACCCGCAAGGUCACCGUCUGCAAUCGCCGAUCGAGAUUGGGGGCGUCAGUGUCUACUCCAGAGAUGCCAAUUCUGUCGUCUUUAUACCUAGUUGCAGAUUUUGGACUGAUGGUGAAGAAGAUGAUGAACCCGAUGCCUCCUGGCGUGAGGAAUCACAAGCUUUUAAUUGCUUCAAAACGUCAUAUGCGUAUAACAUGAUUGGCGAAGAGCACCCGCGAAUCGUUCCUGUUGUUAGAAUAUUGGGACAAGAUGCCUGGACAGGUCUUCCUAUUCUUCCAAAGCCCUCGGGCGGCUCUCUUGAGAAUUUCCUCGAGAGACACGGGGAUCAACUCUACGCCGCUCGGUCAGAUGUUUCAUCUCCCCCUACUCGUAUUAAGCCGGAGUUCCUCCCACUAGCCUACCAGUGGAGCCUGCAACUACUAUCAGCACUAUCCUUUCUUCACUCUCACAACAUAGCUUAUGGGGAGCUCCUUGACGCCAAUUGUUGGUUAUCCGAACCAUCUCUUUCCGUAGCUCUAGCAGGGUUCCUGGGCUCAGACUUUUCGGACUCAGCGUCAGGCCGAAACCUACCUGGCAUUUUCUUCAGUGGUUAUGAAUUCUCCCCGGCUUCCUUGCCUUUUGAGCGGGCAAUCAGUGUGCCUACUGCUCAGACCGACAUGUUUAUGUUCGGCAGGUUGGUAUAUGAGAUCAUGACCUCCUACAUCCCGGGUUACGGGAUAGGUAGAGACUGGGGCGAGACGCAACGUCUCAUGAGAGAGCAAGACUGGCUGCCCGAUCUUGAGGACGAGUUCAUGGGGGAGAUACUUCACAAAUGUUGGAAGUUUGAGUAUGAAGAGAUUGAAGAACUGCAGAGCGAGGUCCAAUCUUUUGUUGAAUCGCGCGGAUGGACUAUAAGGGGUGAUGAGCUCGAGGGUUUAGAUAUUGACAGUAUUCGUCAGCAACUGGAGGUCAGAGAGUGA